GACGCUUCCCUUCGAGUCUCCACGUGUCCUCCUCAGUGAAUAUCAGGCGAUCACGCCAUACACUGACUGACACUCGGCAAAGGCUACAGCAGUAUCUAGCUUAUUCAGUACUAAGUGAGAUUGGGAUACCAGGUUUGGCAGUAAAUUAUCUACAAUGCCACCCCGUAAUAUUGUAGCCGAGUUGACUGAUCCAGAUGGAGAUGUUCUAUCAGCAGAGGCUGAAGUUGAGCCAGUUAUUACAGAAGAAACCCAUAGUGCCAAACGUCCUCCAAUGAAAGUUGUGUGGAAAAAUGUUGUUAUCUUUAGUUUGCUUCACCUGGCUUCUUUCUAUUCCCUUUUUCUGAUUCCAAAGGCGCAUUAUUAUACCUUGAUUUGGGUGUUUUUAUUCUACCUGAUGGGAGGAUUAGGUAUUACAGCUGGUGCUCACAGACUAUGGUCUCAUCGUUCAUAUAAAGCUAAACUUCUAUUGAGAAUUAUUCUUGGUAUAUUUCAAACUAUAGCUGUACAGAAUGAUAUAAUUGAAUGGGCACGAGAUCAUAGAUUACAUCAUAAAACCUCCGAGACUGAUGCAGAUCCCCAUAAUGCCAAGAGAGGGUUUUUCUUCGCCCAUAUUGGUUGGCUUUUGGUGCGUAAACAUCCAGAAGUUAAAAAUAAAGGGAAGACUGUUGAUUUGUCAGAUUUGUAUGCUGAUCCAGUGUGUGUCGUUCAGAGAAAAAUAUACAGACCUGCUGUGAUAUUGUUGUCUUUUGUACUUCCUGCUGUUAUUCCAUAUUACUGUUGGGGAGAGAGCUUAUGGAAUGCCUUCUAUCUUGCCAGUAUAUUAAGAUUAUGUAUUGGACUGAAUGUAACCUGGUUGGUAAAUAGUGCUGCACAUAUCUUUGGAAACCACCCUUAUGAUCGCCGUAUUAGUCCUGCCCAGAAUGUUGGUGUGACACUUGGAGCUAUUGGAGAGGGAUUCCACAAUUAUCAUCAUGUCUUCCCUUAUGACUAUUCAACAAGCGAAUAUGGUUGGUACUAUAAUCUUACUACAUUCUUUAUAGAUUUUUGGGCCUACUUUGGUCAAGUGACAGAGAGGAGAAAGAUUCCAAAAGAAGUUAUAGAAAGAAGGAAAAAAAGAACUGGAGAUGGUACAGAAGGCUUCAACUUCUGAACUUUGUGAUGGAAGACAAGUUGAUAAUAUGGUGUGUGUGUGUCUGGAUAUUCACUUUGACAGCCAUAUUUGUAUUCAAAUGUAGAAUAUAUGAUGGUAUUGACUGGACUAUCCAGUAAUACUAAUCUAAAGUCUCAAUCACAGAAUGCACCUUUUGUUUGAAUAAUGAUUUGAGACUUACAACAUCUACAAUAACACAAUAUAAAUGUAUUCUUCAAAUAAUCACCUACAUAAUGGUAUUAUUUUAUGACAUGCAUUCACUGAGUUAAUAUAUUUUGAUAAUGACAUUUAGAUAUGUGUCAAAGAAAUCAUUUGAGUUGUUUACUUGCAGUAGAUCAAAUAUUCAUAGAAAACUCACUGGAUUUAGAUGGACCAUAUACAUAUCUCAAAAUCUCUAGUAAUUUUGUCGGCUAUAAUGUUCUGUAUUAGCCAAAGCUUAAAAUGUUGUAUUAAUAUUCAUGACACUGUAUAUCAUAGAUGCGAUUUCAAAAUUUAUAGUUUCAAUUUAUUAUGUUCUUUUUUUAUGAUUUAUUUUCUUGUCUUGAAUAAUAUUUAUAAAAAAAAAAAGGAUUUGUUUUAUUAUCAAACUUUCUAGCAUUUAUCUGUAUUCUACUAAUUAAAAAUAGUGCUAAAUUAUACUUACAAUUUAUGGCUUAGUUUUCAGUAUUGUCAAAUUAAUUUAAAUUAAUUGCCCACUAAUUAAUAGAAUAGGAUGAAUGGGAGUGAUGUUUAUGUGAUUGUUGUAUCUGCCAGCUGGUUCAUAAAUUUCAAUUUGAUUGUACUAACUCUUAAAUCUAGAAUCCAGAUCUUGAUAAAAUCUUUUAGCAGCUGAUAAGUUUUCAAAUUGUGCAUCUAUAAACAGUUACCUGUCGCGUUUUUUGUUUAUUUCAAAUGUUAGUGCUUAUUUUUCUUAUGGGUAACUUUUUCUACAUGUGCUAUUUUUGUGUGAAAUUGAGGACAGAUAGUCGUGUAACUUGUAUCUUUCGUCCGAUUUAUUCAGUUCAAACUUCUUGAUGGUAUUCUUUACAAAAUAUCCUGGUUUGAUGAUUAGGUCAUAAGCACAUCUUUUGAUAUUCAGAUUUAUUUCAGUUACAGAUUGGUUAGAUAAGUAUAUGUUAAUGUGCUCACUUGUGAAAUCUUAUGUAUAUUGUAUAGUUCAUGAAAAAUUUUCAGAGUCGAAUUAUACUCACUCAGAAUCCGAUACAAUACAUUCCGAAAGCAUUUUUAAGACUUUGAUUGGAUCUGAAACAAAUGAAAUAUUUGUAGGAUAAUUAAGUAAGUUUUCUGGCUCUCUGUCUAAGGGUUGAAUGUAUAAGUUUGUAAUUUAUAAUCAGUCAAAUUUGUAAACCAGCUGGCUAAUAGGAUCAGAUUCUAUAUGCCAAAAUUGGCAAGUAGCACACAAACUUCUAAGCCAAGCCUUUUUUUCAAAAAGGAUUUAUUUUUCACAUGAUUAUUUGGAAGUAUCCGUAUAGACUAUUUUAAGUGUUCAUUGAUACCAGGGCUUGACUAGUAGUUAAGACAUCAGGAUGACAUUUUGGUAACCAUCUUGUAAUGUUAUUCUGGUUUUAAACCAAAUUUCAAUCUGAACUCCUGUUACACACGGUUCGUGUUUGAACAGUUCAUUACUUCUUGUGAGAAAUGGUGGAAAGUAUUCAAAAAGUAGGACAAGCUUGAAAGUUAUAAACUGUGCUUAUGUGUAGUCUGCUGAGUAGUAUUGCUUAUGUGUCUGCUGAGUAGUAUUGUAUACCUUCGUGUUGUGUUAACUAUGACCUACCAAUUCAAGUUUUUGCAUUGGAAACUACACUUCAACAGUAAUGUAUGUUAUCUCCAGCUAGAGUUAUCACACUUUAGGCCAAUAUAAUGGUGAACUAAGUCUAUAGUCAAUAAAUUAACUGGACACCAUUUUAAAGCCAAAUCUAUAGUUUUAGAACCAUAGUAUUGUUUCAACUGGUUUCUCAUUAGUAUGUAAGGACAGGUUAAAUGAAAUUGCUUUGUUGGCCUGUGACGUUAGCAUAAUACUAUGUAGUACUCUCAUUAGACAGCCCAUCAACAGAGGUCUCUUAUUGACUCAGGACAGUGCUUGCUUCAUUUUGUUUGGAUUUGCUGUAUAUAAGCCAAAAAACACCUGAACUGGCAUGAAAAUAUUUUAGUUAUAGUUUUUGUAUCUACAAAUAUAAGCACAUAAAUAUACAUUUAAAUGCUAAAAUUCUUAUUUUUGAACGAAAAAAAUCUUGCAACGUCAAAAGUGGCUGGAAAAAGUUUGAAGUUAACGCUGUGGUUGUAACCUUGAAUUUGGAAGGAAAUGUUAAUACACAAAUGUUUAAGACUACAAGAUAAACUGUUUGAAUAAACUUGAAUACUCCAAAUUUCUUUUUGUCUUGAAAAAAGCUUCCAUAUACUUAAAAACAUUUUAUACAACUUAUUGUAUACACUUCUGAGUAGAUAUCAUUUUGGUUAAAUAAAGGAUAUUUUAUUUUUGUUAAUUAUAUUUGUUAACUUUUCAAAAUAGCUUAAUGCACUUAAAAUAUUGUUAUUUUCAACUAGUUUGUUUCUACAUUUAAAUGUUUUUCAUCAUAAAUACUAUAAAAACUUCAAAUUAAAAUAUAACUUAAAUAAUAUUACUUUUCCAAAUUCAAAACGAAAUUACUGUACAUUUAUAUAAUUGAUUAUCAGGACUUUCUAUAACUCUAGUCCCAUGUAUUUGAUGUUUAAAGAAAUACUAUUAUUUAUUGUAAUAACAGUUAUCAUCAACUAAAUAUACUGAAAAAUGUCCUCAAGAAUAAUUUAAUAUUUUGGUUUGUAUUCAGUUUUGUUUCAUGUUGAUGAAUUUGAUAACUUAUUUAAAAAAAAAAUAUAAAAAAAAAUAACUUA